AUGAGCGCGCUACUUGAAACCUCUCUGGGCGAUAUCGUGAUCGAUCUCCUGGUCGACGAAUCGCCCAAGGCCUGUGAAAAUCCCCCCCAGAUUGCUGCUAUAUUGUUGCUGAACCCAUUCACUAAGCUCUUCCCUGUCUCGUCCCCUAGCUUCCUGAAGCUCUGCAAAAUUAAAUAUUACAAUUUCGCGCCCGUCCACAGCGUCCAGAAAGACUUUAGUUUCCAAACCGGCGACCCGCUUGGCCCCGACGCGCCCGGCAGCGAUGGCGGCUCUUCGAUCUGGGGUGUCCUCGAUGGGCCCUCAAAGCGCACCUUUCCGAUCGAUAUCCCACCCAAGAUGAAGCACACGGAGCGUGGAACCGUCAGUUUGGCCACGGUGCCGUCACCGAAUGACCCCGACCAACGAGUGGCCGGCAGCCAGUUCUUGAUCACGCUAGGGGACAACUUGGACUACCUCGACGGUAAGGCGGCCAUCUUCGGGAAAGUCGUGGAGGGAUUCGAUGUCCUUGAGAAGAUCAAUGGAUCAUUUGUCGAUGACCGUGGCCGGCCAUUAAAGGAUAUUCGGAUCCGGCAUACGGUGGUCCUCGACGACCCAUUCGAUGACCCUGCGGGACUUGUUGAGCCACCCGAGAGUCCCCUACCCACAAAAGCGCAAUUGGACACGGUGCGCAUCGCCGACGAUGAGGAAUUGGACGAAGAGAUGGAUGAAGCUGCCCUGGAGAAGCUGCGCCGUGAGCGCGAGGCACGUGCUCAGGCGUUGACACUGGAGAUGGUGGGAGACUUGCCCUUUGCAGAUGUCAAGCCUCCUGAGAAUGUGCUUUUCGUGUGCAAGCUGAAUCCAGUGACACAAGAUGAGGAUCUGCAAUUGAUAUUCAGUCGCUUCGGAACGAUUUUGUCCUGUGAAGUCAUCCGAGACAAGCGAACCGGGGACAGCUUGCAGUACGCUUUUGUGGAAUUUGAGAACCAAAAGGACUGCGAGCAGGCCUACUUUAAAAUGCAGGGUGUUCUGAUUGACGACCAUCGUAUCCAUGUCGAUUUCUCACAGAGUGUGUCAAAACUAUCCGAUACCUGGCGCAACGCAACAGUUGCCAAGCGCCAGCAGCGCGGUGGAUUUGGCGGUGUUGCCGACCUUGAACAGAAGCGCCAGUAUCGGGUAUCCGACGACUCCCAUGCCACGGAUGGAGACAGGGCGUACAACAUGGUGUUUGACCGCUCACGCGGCCGUCGCGCAGUCCACGGCGCGAUUCACACCGUGACCGGCGGAGCAGCCGCAGCCCUCGGGGCCGAGACCCCCACUCAUCUCACUACCGGCGACGAGACUCAAGUAGGAGUCCCGGUCGUCGAGACUUUGACCGAAGGGAUCGUGAUCGCGAGCGCAGUGAUCGUGGACGCCAUCGAGAUGAUCUUAGAGAUCACGAUCGGAGUCGUCGUGAUGACCGAUAUGGACGGCGGCGAUGAGCUAGCUCAGUGUAUUCUAAUGGGGUAA